CAUCGAUUUCCCCUCAGCUUCCCACAUGUUUAGAAAGCAAGAUUUCACGCAAAUGGGUUUUCUCCUCCACUUUGUUUUUUUCUUGCCGAUUAAGAAUGUUUUAUCUUGUUUGGAUGAUCAAUGCCGUAUAUUGGCAUUUCCAUCCACUUUGUUCUUCAUGGGAGAACGUCUCGUAAACCACACCAUAGCAAACAUCAAUGUGAUUGACAGGGACACGUGUGAAUAUAGAUGCUACCUGAACCAUAACUGCGUCAGUGUCAACUUUUAUUUUGGACCAAGUGAAGCAGGAAUACAAAACUGUGAACUGAACAACUCGACAAAAAAGAAACACGAUAAGGAUCUGACGAAGGCAGCGAACUAUGUGUACCAUGGAACACAAAAUGCUUGUGAUCGUGCUCACUGCAUCAACAACGCCAUUUGUCAAUCUGGUUUUACAAGUAAGGGAUAUCGAUGCGUGUGUUCUUUUGGAUUUACAGGACCCCAUUGUGAACAAGAUAUUGACGAGUGUUCAACGAAAACUCAUGGAUGUGAUGCUAAUGCCGUAUGCCAUAAUACCGAGGGAUCAUUUAUCUGUAAAUGCAAGGCUGGUUAUGUUAGAAAUGGUCAAAAUUGUGUAGAAAUUUUGGACUGUGCGCUAAAUCCAUGUCACAAUGAAGGAACCUGCAUCGAGGAAGCUUUUACAUACAAAUGCAAAUGUCUACAAGGAUUCACUGGUGAUCACUGUGACACAGUUAACCCUCUUCCGUCAAUAAAUGAAUCUUACUUGGCUUAUCUUCAUGAGUUCCUGGUCCCUGCCGUCGGAAAUAAUUCCCACUGGUUGCUAUGCUACCGCGCCUCUUUACAUGGCUGGGAAGGAAAGGACUUCCACACUCGUUGCGAUGGAAAGAAAUAUACCGUAACAGUUAUAAAGAAAAGCCAGUAUGUUUUUGGAGGCUACACUGACGUUCCAUGGGCCGAUUGUCCUCCGGGAGCAAGAACAAAGGACCGGUCUGGUCGCUGUUGUGUAUUCCCUUUCAAGUAUGAAGGCCGUACCUACAACUCCUGUACAAAGAGUGGCUCUUUUAUUGGAAGGUGGUGCUCAUUCGAGGCUGUCUUCAAACGUGACUGGGCUUAUUGCGAUGAUGAUCCGUAUGAAGGAUAUCGUAGGACCGACAAGGCUUUCAUUUACUCGCUUGAAAACAAAGAAGGACUGGCGCCGUUCAAAAGUAUGGUGAAGCGUGGUUCCCAGGCGAUCUAUAUGGGGAUAAGCUAUGGUCCAACAUUUGGCGGUGGUCACGAUAUUCAUAUUGCUAACAACGCAGGUCAUAAUGCUCAUUCGUACACCAACUUUGGUCACUCUUUCUUGGCUCCAAGUGAAGUAAAGGAAAAGGUUACAGUGUUAACUGGAACCUACCAUUUUACUCCCGAUGAAGUAGAGGUGUUUUAUCUCCCUUAGAGCUGAAAAUACAACUGCAGGUCUAUUUCUGUUUCUAAGCCAGGUAUUUCGAACCUACACUGUCUCUGCCCAGUGAGGAAUGUUAAUUUUUUUGUAACAAUAACUGCAAGCCGAAAUGCUGGGCGGUAAUAAGUAGCGGUGGAUUAACAUCCCGUCCACGAAAAGGGUGUAGGCGUGUAAUAUGCAAGGGUGUACAUGCUGUGGUUGCCGUAACCAGGAUAAACUCCGAGGUUAUAGGUUACUCAGGCUCGAUUCAUGCGCAUACUUUUGAUUAUGCCUAGCGGGCACUAUGAUUAGAGUUGUAAUUGAAGAUUCCCUGCUUUGUUGUUGAUAUUAUUAUUACUGCAUGCCUUAAUGUGAGAUCGGUGGUUUGAACUUUUUAUUAAGUUUUUAUGUCUGAUCAAAACUAAGUAAUCCAAAAAACAUUUAAACAGGGGUGAAGAACAACUUUAAUAAAUCUUACAGAAUAAUUGGCAGGGUAUUGUAAUUUAUUUUAGAGGCGUAAAACCAGGAUACGUCGCAUAAUCAUCUUGGAAUCUUAAUAUUACACGUUGAACAAAGUCAGAUAACAAUUAGAAAUCUUCGCGAGAUACUUUCUCGGAAAAGCAAUUAUGUGGUAGUUACCACUCACUCUUAUGACAGUAGGGGCGAAGUUUUUGUCUUUUCUUGGAGAUUUUUGCUGUUUUUGUUAAUUUCUUUAAAGGUUUUACAUUACCCAAAAUGCCAGUUAUUCUCAGCAUAUUUGCUUCUAGCUCAACACAGUUAUUAGGUGUGUUAUAACUAGCAAAAUGAGACAUGGACGCCAAAAUCGCGCUUUAGAGGUAGUCAUGAACGCUGCGCAAUGCUCACUAUUAUGAUAAUAAGCUUAUGAAACAAUGAACGUAGCGCUCUAUUUUCCUUUCAUUUGUUUUGGUUAAUCAUUUGGCCUUUCUAGUUACGUUUUACGCGUUAAGAUUUAUUGUGCGGUGCGGCUUGAACAAGAUAUAACGCAUGUUAACGACCUCGAUCCAUAUUUUUUGGUAAUAAAAUUGGCAACUUAUAUCAAUAACAACUUUAGGGACCCCAAACUUCUGACUAGUAAAAUCGACUUAAACAACGCGAUUAUAAAACAAAAACACUGACACCUACUGAAGGACUUCAUGUUUAACAAAGACCUAACAAUAUGGCCAAAAACUUGUCAAAUUAAAAGCUGUUUUUAACUCAAUCGAAACUCUGUUGAAUCUGUUGAUACUGUAUGACUCUCGCAACUGCAGAGGGAAAAGCCUGCCUCUAUAUCCUAGGGAAAAGCGAUUAAAAUUUUCUUUAUCAAUACUAGGUGCGUGAAAACCUUGUUAAAGUGUCUCAUUUUACGGCAAUUCAUAGUGUAAUUAUUUUAAAUUUAAAUUUUAAUCUUCAGUUAGUGGACAGGAAGGAAUGUGUAAUUACACUGCAAACAAAGUUUACUAGAGGACUAGUAGUUAAGGACACUCAACUCUUCAUUGACUUUGUACAUUGACAAUAAUACUUUUUUUUCCAAUCGCGGUACUUUUACCAUUCGCAUGUCACAACUAGGGAAAGGUGGAAGCGAGCCCUUUUUAUAAUUUACGUUUUGUGCUCAAAAUAUGGUCAUUAACAGCAUCUGCUAUCUGUCACGUAUUUCAUCUUACACAAAGUAUCCGACGUGCUGUAUGAAAGGAAUAAGAACUUAGCGGGAUCUCCAUUUGCUGUUUACUUUGCUGGUUUAAAAUGUGCAUAAACCAUAUUAAUA